AUGAUGCCGAAUGAGCGGCUGGGUGGUGUUUAUCAGGACGGUGGGUCUCACUAUUCAGGAGAUGACUGUCAGGUAACGCCCGUCAUCCACGUGCUCCAGUAUCCGGGCUGCGUACCGAAGCCCAUCCCAUCGUUCGCGUGCAUUGGCCGCUGUGCCAGCUACAUCCAGGUGUCCGGUAGCAAGAUCUGGCAGAUGGAGCGGUCGUGCAUGUGCUGCCAGGAGUCGGGCGAACGGGAAGCGUCCGUAUCGCUCUUCUGUCCCAAGGCGAAGAAUGGCGAGAAAAAGUUCCGCAAAACCCGUCAGACAAACAACGACCCUUCGACAGCACCGGAAGCGGGAUCUAAUGCAACAGGCGCGGGCAACGACCAGCAGCAAUAUUCGCACCGGCCCGAAUCCACCAGCGGCCACAGUGGCCGUUCGAGUUCACGGUCUCCCAUCGAUCCGUACCGGCAGGACAGCAUUAACCAACCGCCCAGCGACAGUUCCAGCCUGGACGGGAACGUGUUCGCCGAUGGGGCGAACGUGCCACUGCACAGCAAACAGCGCCGCUCGCAGACAACCGAUUCGCUCACUUCCGGCAACAACAUCAGCUACAGCCUAAACAAACGCUUCAUCUCCAAGAACCAAAUGAAGGAGUUCCGGGAAGCGUUCCGGCUGUUCGACAAGGACAACGAUGGGUCGAUCACGAAGGAGGAGCUCGGCACGGUGAUGCGCUCGCUCGGCCAGUUUGCCCGGGUCGAGGAGCUGCAGGAGAUGCUGCUGGAGAUCGAUGUGGACGGCGAUGGGAACGUCAGCUUCGAGGAGUUUGUCGACAUCAUGUCCAACAUGACGGAUACGGUCGCGGAAACGUCGGCCGAUCAGGAGGAGCGCGAAUUGCGCGACGCGUUCCGCGUGUUCGACAAACACAACCGGGGCUACAUCACCGCGUCCGAUCUACGAGCGGUGCUGCAGUGUUUGGGCGAAGAUUUGGAUGAAGAAGAAAUCGAGGACAUGAUCAAAGAGGUGGACGUGGAUGGCGAUGGGCGGAUCGAUUUCUACGAGUUCGUCCAUGCGCUCGGUGAGCCGGAAGAUUCCCAGGAAAACGACGAGGACGAUGAAAUCGUUUCGCAACGCUCGCCAUCGUUUGAUGUGCAAGUUUAAACCAA